AUGUAUGGUUUAUUAUUUGAAAGUUUACGUAAAUAUAUUGAAACCACUUAUAAUCAUGAUAUAUGGUUACAAAUUUUAUAUCAUGUAAUAAAUAAAGAGAAAAUAUUUCAAACUAAUCAAACAUAUCAAGAAGAAUUAUAUGAAAAAUUAAUCAAUUAUUUAUCAAUAUUAAUAAAUAAAUCAAUAAAUGAUUUAUAUUUUAAAAAUGGUCAAUAUUUUAUACAAUUUUUAAUUGAUUCUGGUUAUAUAACAUUAUUAAAAGUAAUGGGUAAAGAUUUUAUUGAUUUUUUAAAUAAUUUAAAUGAAAUACAUAAACAAAUUAAAUAUAUUUAUCCAUAUAUUAAAUCACCAUUAUUUACUAUUAUUAAAAUUGAAAAUGAUCAUUUAUUAUAUUUAUUAUAUUGUACUAAACGUAAAUAUUUUACAAAUUUUGUAAAAGGACAAUUAAUUCAUGUAGCAAAAUUAAUUUAUAAUUUAAAUAUACAAGUUGAAUUAAUUCAUCAAAAGAAUUGUAACUUAGUUACAUCAUCAUCACCAUCAUCAUCACCACCACCACUACCAUCAUCAUCCACACCACCAUUAUCACCAUCAUCAUCAAUGUUUAUUGAAAGUUACUUUAAAAUUUAUUGUUUUAAUGGUAGAUUACAAAUGAAAGAAUAUUUACCAAAUAUUAAAUCAUUAUGUAUAUCUAAUGAUAUUAUUCAAUCAAAUAUAAAUAGUAAUGAAUUACAUUCAUUAUUACCAUUUUAUAUAAUAAUUAAUCAAAAUUUAAUUAUAAUGAAAGUUGGUGAAGCUAUUCAACGAAUAUGUGAUAAUUUAAUUGGAUGUAGUUUUAAAGAAUUAUUUAUAAUUAGAUAUCCAGUAAUAAAUUGUACAUUUGAACAGAUAAAACUACAUAUGCAUAAUACAUUUGAAUUGGUUCUGAUGAAAAAUCUAUGCUUGAAUAAAAACAAUGAUCGCUCAAUGUUGGGUAAGGCAGAAUGUAAAUUUAGAGGUGAAAUGCGUUAUGUUGAACAAUGGGAUAUGUUGUUAUUUCUGGGGGCACCAUCUAUACGUGAUAUCAGACAUUUAAAUGAACAUGGUUUAUACAUUUGUGAUUUGAAUAUGUUUGAUCGAAGUAGAGAUGUAAUAAUUUGUGGUGAUCAAAUUUCAACUGAACUAGUGAAAUUAUUUCAGAUGCAACGUAAAAAAAGUGAAGAAUUAGAGAAAAGUAUGAAACAUUUGGAUAAAAUGCGAAAAUUAACUGAUCGUCUCUUAUAUCAAUGUAUUCCAAGAGCAGUGGCUCGUAAACUACGUGAUGGUACCCCAGCAAAUGAAACUAUAGAGUGUAGAUCAAAUUGUGAAGCUUUUAAUAAAAUGUACACACUUUUUGAUGAUCUUACAGAAGCUUCUAAUGUUUAUAAGGUUGAAACAGUUGGUGACAGUUAUAUGCUUGUCUCUGGAGCACCGAAUAAAACACGUUUUCAUUCUGCACAUAUAACAGAGAUGGCAUUAAAUAUUUUGAAAGUUACUCAUGCAUCUUUAGCAUGGCCAAAAUCAAAUGAUUCUAAGGACACCACUGGUAAUGAUGAUGAAAAAGAGGUUUUAAAGCUUUUUAUUGGAUGUCACACUGGACCUAUUGUAGCUGGUAUAGUUGGCCACAAAACACCAAGAUAUUGUUUAUUUGGAGAUACAGUGAAUACAGCUAGCAGAAUGAUGUCUAGUGGUGUGCCUGAUCGAAUACACGUCAGUCAAAUGUUUGCUGCUCACCUUUCGGAAUUCCCAUACAUUUUAGAAUACCGUGGCGAAAUUGAUGUUAAGGGCAAAGGUAAAAUGAGAACAUAUUUUGUGAAUGGUCGAUGUAAUGAAUUUACAUUAUCAAAUAAUGUAUAUGGAAAUCAAUUAGAUUUUAAUGAAAUCUUAGAAAAAGAUGUUGAAAAGGUUGAAUUAGAUGAUUCUACUAUAUCACAUAAUACUUCAAUUGAUGCUAUUGAUGAAUUUAUUGAAAAAGAUCAUGAAAUUUCAUCUGAAAGUUCAACAGGAAUUGAUAUAGAAGAAAUAUUAGGUCAUACAAAUAAACAAAAUGCAAAAUAUAAUAUAAAUUUAAAUAAACAUGAUAACAUGAUGAUAAGUAAAUUAACAGAUUCAGUAGACAUAGUCAGUUGUAACAAUAAUAAUAAUAGUAAUAAUCAAGUGAUCAUUCCAAUCGACCAUAAGGAAAAAGAACUACUAAGCAGUAAUGCGUCAUUAUUAUCAGCAACAAAUCAAAAUGAUAAAAUUCAUCAUCAUCAUACUACUACUACUGCUACUACCACUACUACUAAUACUACUACUAAUCAUGAUAUUAAUAAUAAUAAUAAUAAUAAUUCUGAUAUUUCCUUUGGUGAUAUUUGUCCAAACUUUAAACUAUCAAACGUCACACAAAAUAAUGAAAAAUCAUAUGAGAAAUUACAAAAUGACAAUAGAUUAAAUGAAACUAAUUGCAAUCUAAUUCAUUAUCAACAUCAAACACAAAAACUAAAUGAAUUACCAUGUUGUUCAUUACAAUGUUCAUCAUUAUAUAAAAAAGAUGUGAAAUUUGCAUUAAAUAAUAAAGAAAUAAUUUCAUAUGAUUAUGAAAGUAGUGAUGAUAAUUAUAAUGGUAAUGAUAAAGUAAAAGAAAAAUGUCAAACAAUGGUAUUCGAAGGAAUUAAUCGUAAGAUAGAAUGUUCAACUAAACAACAACAACACACACAAAAACAGUUAUCAGUAAAUUUUAAUAAUAUCACUUCAGUAGAACAAAAACAUAAAAUUGAGAAAUUCAGGAAAAUGAUUAAAAAUAAUUCAUUCGGUCAAAUGAAUCCAAUCUCACUUUGUUCUUCUGGAUCUGAUUUAUUCAAUACAUUAUAUGAACCUUUGACAUUAGGACUGACUGAACUGGCUAUUGUCAAACCAAAUGAACCAAUCAAAUAUCUUGGAUCAUGGCUAAAACGUUAUACGUCAAUGGAACAAGAGGAAGACUGUUAA